CCUCAUUUUAGUGUGUAGCAGGUGCUUUCCAUACAAAAAUUGAAAAUUCUACACUUUGAGUGAAAUAAUAAUACACAAAAAUGGGUCUGGAUACUUUAGCCUCAAUCAUAGCAAAAAUUGUCAAACUUGUUUUGAACUUCAUUAUUCUCAUCUUAUAUCGAGUGGGCUUCGCCGGCGGGUUCCUCGGAGUUGGUGGUACCUGGAAUUUGUACGAAGAAAAAAGUUCCGAUGUGGAAAUAAUCGCCUCUGGAAUUUUCGUCGGGUAUUUUGUUUAUACUGCUGUGUCUUUGAUUAGUGCAUGUAUUGCUAACAGCGACAAUAGAAAUACCUUUACGGAUAUUUUGAUGAACAUUGUUGGAGUGUUUUUGUGGAUAUCGGUUGGAGCAACAGCACUUCAUUACUGGCACGGAUACCUCAGUGAACAUAAGUAUACUUAUGUUAACUCUGAGCGACAGGUUGGUCUUGCACUUGGCUCUCUGUGCGUUCUAAAUGGAGCAGUGUACCUGGUUGACAGUGUAAUUUCAGUAAUAUUUUUGAUUAAAACUAAGUUCCAAUGAUAAAUUUUAAUAACAAAACAUCCACAGAUCAAAUAAUAAUAAAUAAGUAUUAAAACAUGUUGUGUGUUCAUAUUUUUUACAAAAUUAUUGGCCGGCAAGUGCUUUUUAGUAUUUAAAAAUGUAGCUACUUUAGUCUUAAGUUUAAUUUUUAUUAUUUACUUUAUACAGUCAAGUACAAACAUGUUUGGCAUUUAGUUAUAAGGUUUUUAAUUGUAAGAUUAUUAUAAAUAAAACCAUAGAA